AUGGAUUUGGACCAAGAAGGUGAACCAAUGAAAUUCUUGAGCUAUAUGAGGACUCUGAAUACUCCGUUAUUCUCAGGAGUCGCAAACCCCUUGGAUGCUAAUGACUGGAUAAAGCGUUUGGAAAAGAACUUUGACUUUUGUAAGUGUCCCACAGAGUUGAAGAUGGAUAUUGCUGUGCGUUUCUUGGCUGGAGAUGCUAUUCACUGGUGGCAAAAAGUCGAGCGUGUGAGCUAUAUGAAGAAGACAUGGACAGAGUUUAAAAAGGGAUUCAAAAUGCGGUAUCUUCCACCGGAGGCUAGGGAUUCCAUUGAGCAGCAUUUAAUUAAGCUAAUACAAGGGAGUAUGUCCGUUAGGGAGUAUGAGUCUGAGUUUUGGAGGCUUUUGUAUUUUCUUCUUGAUGAUAAUGAUUAUAACAACAAUGAGAAAGCUGAUAUUCGUAGGUUUAUAAGGGGACUGAGACCCGACAUCCGGAUACAUCUAAUCAGCGCAGAUUUUAAUCGGCUAACAGAUGUUAUCCGAAAAGCUAUUCUGAUAGAAGAAAAUAUUCAAGAGGAGAAGAUGAGAAAGGCUGCAACUGCAACAUUCACUUUUGGAAGUAAGGCACCAUGCACUGACCAUGCAAGCACCUCUAGAAAGAACAAACUCGGGAAGAAAAAGAAUUGUUUAGCUCGCGGGGGACACCGUGUUGGACCAUGUACGAUCUGCCCAUCUGCUGAAGUUUGCUACAACUUUGGUAAUCAAGAUCAUAUUUCCCGAAACUGCAAGAAUGUCGAGGACCCGGUAAUGCCUCCCACAAAGCGUCAAGCCCUCUUUGCUCCUGCUUCUUCUUCCGGUAACAAGGACCCGGUCACGGGCAAGCAAGUCUGA